AUGCGUUUUUGGCCACCAUUUCAUACAUAUUCACUAGAUAUUAUAUCGAGUUUUCCAAAUAAAUUGGUUUUUCGUGCGCCAAAAUAUGUUCGUCUUCGAAUGACUGUUGAUCAUCUUGAAUUGAAUGAAAAUCCUGGUUCAUGUUUAACUCAUUACAAUCAUGAUACUUCUUUAUGGGAAUGUUAUCAUUCACCAUGUACAGCUGGUCAUCAUCGACUUUUUAUUUGGCUUUUAGAUAGUGAACGUGAUGAUCCAUGGGCUACUGCUGUUAGAUUUGAUGUUUAUGUUGAACAAAUUAUAGAAUCAUUAUAUUAUCCUAUUACAACGAAUAUAUUUAAUGCACUUCGAUGUCAAUUAAUUACACCAAUCAAUGGUAUUCUCUCAAGAGAAUCUCUACCACCAGAUAUUAUCAUACGUGUGCCUUGUGUUCGUGAUGUACAAUUGCAAAUAGAUGAAAAAACAUUAGUCAUCGGAGAUAGUCUUCCAAAUGAUAUUUAUAGACUUAAAAUUCCACCUUCUAUACCCGAUCAUGUGAGAAAUUUUGUACUAAUGGGUUUAUGUUUUGAUAAUAUGUAUUAUUCGAUAUUAAUUACAUAUAAAAUCGAAUAG